ACUAAAAAGCUACCAGAACUCUUAAACAUGGUUAGAGUUGUGUUCAUAGCUACGAGGAGGGACUGGGAGAGAGUCUGAGUGAGUGGAGAACAGUAUAAUUUGUACAACAUAGGAGGGAAGCCAGAGAGAAGAAUGAGGAAUCUGAUGUCUGUCAACAUCAGCCUCCUCUGUGCUGUGAUCUGUGUGAUGUCAGCAGUGAUCACAAAGAGAGGGACAGAAGGAGGAAAUGACACCAUUCAGUGUCCUUAUGACCGGGGGUUUAAGACACACCAGAAGUACCUCUCUAAAGGGAUCUGGGCCAACCGGGUUGAUGUGAUCAAAACCCAAACCCAUCAGCACCCAGCGGUGACUCAUAAAGGGAGAUUCUCUCUGUAUGACGACACAGAGAGAAGAGUCUUCACUGUGACCAUCACUAACCUGCUCCUAGAUGAUUCAGGGACCUACUGGUGUGAGAUAAACACAUGGUGGUGGUAUCACAAGACUGAAGUCAGGAUCACUGUGGACAGAGCUCCUGUUCCUCCCAACCCUGGCUCCAUCACCUCCAGACCUCUCCUCUCCACGACACACCCAUCAACACCCAUCACCAUGGCAACUGACUCCUCAAACUCCACAGCAGGUGUUGUGAUGUUCUCUGGUGGUGUUCUGAGUGUUCUAGGUGUUGUGAUGUUCUCUGGUGGAGUUCUGGGUGUUGUUCUACUACUGCUGGGUCUGCUGCUGUUCAUGUUCUUCAGACAGAGGAGAGACAGAGACAGGAGACCAACAGCAUCCAAACACUCUGCCAGCCUGUUGAUGCCUGACUCCAUGACAACCAACCAAGAUCCAGACACAGGAACCAUCACUAACCCUAUCUACGCCACAGCAACCAAUCAGAACCCAGAUUCAGCCUGUGACAUCACCACCAUCUAUACCAACACAACCAAUCCUCGUCGAGAUGACAUCCACUUCAAUGUUGAGAUCCAGCCUGACUCCACUGUGCUACUGUCAACUUCCCCAGAGAUCCAGCCUGACUCCACUGUGCUACUGUCAACAUCCCCAGAGAUCCAGCCUGACUCCACUGUGCUACUGUCAACUUCCCCAGAGAUCCAGCCUGACUCCACUGUGCUACUGUCAACUUCCCCAGAGAUCCAGCCUGUCUCCACUAUGCUACUGUCAACUUCCCCAGAGAUCCAGCCUGACUCCACUGUCUACUGUCAACUUCCCCAGAGAUCCAGCCUACUCCACUGUGCUACUUCCCCAGAGAUCCAUCCUGUCUCCACUCCAUCCUGCUCCACUGUCAACUUCCCCAGAGAUCCAUCCAGUCUGUCUACUGUCACUUCCCCAGAGAUCCACUGUCCCCAUCCACUCCACUAUACUACUGUCAACAGAGAUUCCCCAGAGAUCCAUCCUGUCUCCACUAUGCUACUGUCAACUUCCCCAGAGAUCCAGCCUGUCUCCACUAUGCUACUGUCAACUUCCCCAGAGAUCCAGCCUGACUCCACUCUGCUACUGUCAACUUCCACAGAGAUCCAGCCUGUCUCCACUAUGCUACUGUCAACUUCCCCAGAGAUCCAGCCUGUCCACAGAGAUCCAGCCUGUCUCCACUAUGCUACUGUCAACUUCCCCAGAGAUCCACUCUGCUACUGUCAACUUCCACAGAGAUCCAGCCUGUCUCCACUAUGCUACUGUCAACUUCCCCAGAGAUCCAGCCUGUCUCCACUAUGUUACUGUCACUGA